GGGGAGGACAUGUAGGUGUUUCCUAUAAGGAAGUGUUUUUGGGUGACGCAAGCCGCUCCACCUGUCUGCAAACCAAAUGCCAGUACGUGAUGAUGUGAAAUUAAUAUUUGUCAUUGAACAGUAAUCUAUCCUUGGGUAACAGUCGAUUGAAAUGUGCCUGGCUUUAAGUCGGGUCAGGUGAUGAGUAGAGUCUCGUUUAGUUUAAAACUUCAUUAACGUGUAAUAAGGUCUACGAUUAAGUAAGAGCUAGUCAUUUACUGGAUUUAUGAGUGACACGUGGACACAUCGCGGGGCACAGUCGCACACUGCGGACAAUUUGGAAAUGCCGAUUAGCCUACAGCGCGUCUUUUUUGACUGGGGGAGGAAACCCGAGUACCAGGAGGAAACCCCCAAGGCACGGGGAGAACAUGCAAGCUCCACACACACAGGGAAGUGGUGGGAAUCAAACACUGGAGGUGCGAGGCGAACUUUAAUACAGCCUUAAGGUGGAAAAAGAGUCAAUAAAAUUGACUUUUUACUCUCUGUGUGUGUGUGUGUGUGUGUGUGUGUGUGAGAGAGAGAAAAAAACAUUUCAGUACUUUGUCCAUAGUUUACAAGGAGCACCUGACAUGUAGGAGGUAGUCACUCAGUAGUUAUGGUUAACCUGUGUGUGUGUGUCAUAUUUAUCUCCUGAGGUUCACUUUUAAAUUGAAUAAAAACACACACACACACACAUUGUGUCUUUCUCACACACAUGUACACAGAUGACACUAACUUAACACUUGUCCCCGCUUAAAAAUCUCUAGGAUGAUCUGCAGGCUUCGCAGCAAGCUGGUCACGGGACUGCUGUGACCUUUGACUCACAGGAUGUCCUGCUUUUCCACAAUUGUGCAUGCGGGCAGUUUUUAUGCAUGUGUGUGUGUGUGUGUGUGUGAGAGAGAGGUGGAAAGAGAGUAAUAAACGAGUAAUAAGUUAUACGAGUUGAUGUGAGGAGAGGAGUUACGACGGCACACGAAGGACGCGUCCCGAGUGUUACGUUCAGUGUGUGUGUGUGUUUUCUGAGGGACUUUUUGUCAAGUUCUGAACUAAACAACUGAGAAGAAGAUGGAAGGCUCAAGCGAUCCUUCGGCGCCGAGCGUGAACGCUAACAGCAUCAAGAUUACCGAUGUCACGCAGGACGGAGACAUGCUAACCUUCGCCAUCACGUCUCAGAAGCUGAACAGUGAUAAGGGGACGUGCGUCUUCAGGACGUACGAGGAUUUCGACUGGCUGCACAAGGGUCUUUUCUCUCAGGAGGACGUUGUGGGACUCCAUGGCGUCAUAUUCCCUCCUCUCCCAGCCAAACCUCUGCCUUCCAGCUCACACACACAGACUAAAGUGCUGAAACAGCUGGGCUUCCUGGCUCUGGGAGAUAACUGGCAGCUUUAUUGUAGGGCUUUAGAGUUCUACCUGCAGCAGGUGGCAGCACACAGCAUCCUGGGAAAAAGCAACGCUCUGUACAGCUUCCUCAGCAGCACAGAGCUGGCCUCUAAACAGCGCAGCAAAAAGGGCAUCUUGGACCGCCUCAGUCAGGCCGUGGAGGAAAUGAGGAAGGAAGGUCACAAGGAUGUGGAAGAGUUCUUUCACAACGAGAGAGAACGCAACACACACACGACCGCCCUGUUUAAAGCCACCUCGGAGAAAUUCCUCGACGUUGUGCUGACAAAGCAGAGGCUUGCUCUGGCAUGUGGCCAUUUCUCCACUUCAUUACAUCUCUGUGUUAAUCAGGACAAUCCGUCCGCCGUGGUCUUCUCCACGAUUUGUCUGAAGCUGUCGGAUAUAAUGGACGCAGUGAAAAGAAAUCUCGACAAAGUGUCGGAGAACGACGCACACACCUUGGGGUUGGGUUUGGAUCUCGAGUCUCGCUACCAGGAUGCGAAACGAGAGAUGUUGUUCAGAAGAACAUGUAAACUUGUGGAACUGGAAAUCAUCGUUAGGAACGCGGAAAAAGCCAAACCCAACAAGAAAGCAGUUAUGGACAGAGUGCAGAAAACUACACGGGAGGAGUUUAAUCUCAUCUCAUCACUCGCGAAGGAAGAGAUCGAGUGGUACCAUAAAGCACGCGUAGGCGUGCUGCGAGACUUUCUGACGCGCUGGUGUGAGAAGCAGCUGGACGCGGCCAGGGAAUCUGCCGCUCUCUUCUCUCAGCAUCUGCAGGCUUGGAAAGGAUUUCCUGUCUGAUGCAGUACAACAUCGCUUUACAACAUUUACUAGUCCGAUAGAAAUGUUUG